ACAAGGUGCUAUGACCGCCCACCGCCACAACUACGGACAUGGAGUAGAGAGAGCUUGGCCGGACCGGUAUGGCAGUUUGAGGGUGCUGAGUUUUGAAAGAGGCUGGGAGCAUAGUCCUCCAAACAUUACUUAUUCAUCAAUGUUCUUCUCCACGACAAGGUUCGGAUGGUUCCUGCAGUCGGAGGAAACAAAUUAGAUGAAACGAGCGAGCGGUUGGUAGCUCCUCUUUGAACGUCACAGCCAACGGACGGAUAAAAAGACCGCAUUUUCCAGCACGUGUGUCAUUGUUUUAACGGAUUCGACUCUCGCCGAUUUGAGGUUUAUCGUCGUCUUUAUUAUAAACCUCAUGCUUCAUGCAUCAGUUUUCACCACCGGCACAUCUGCACUUUGGUCGAUGUACACCGUUCACAGUUUGACCGGGUCUAACCCAACGGUUACCUCUUAGCGGAAAACUGCGUGUGGUCUGUGCACCGAACUAGGUCACCAGACGACCUUUCCUUUUGCGAUAGAAAUAGAAAAGGCAUCAGGCACAAGGUUUCCGGACAGAAACAUUUACUCUACAAAGAGUAUUCACCCCUAAGAAAUUUACACGUUUGAACUCCUAAUCAGAGGCUAACUCUACAACAAAAUCAUGGCGAACGAAGCUCAGCUGUUGAAAUUCGCGGGAAAGUGGAAACUUGAAAAGAGCGAGAAUUUCGACGAGUACCUGAAGAAGAUGGAGGUGAUGUUGCCGAUGCGGGCAGCGGCCAAAGUCAUGACGCCCACGUGCGAUAUCGACGUGCAAGGGGGAAGUUUCGUGAUCAAGAUGAACGUACCGGUGAUCACACUCCACGUGCAGAAGUUUACCCUGAACCAGCAAUUCGAGGACCUGCUGCCCAACGGGACCAAGCAACUGACCCAGGUCAACUGGGAGGAUGGAAAGAUCGUCCUACGGGAAGUGGACAAGGGGGACCCGCCUCACGUGGUCACUCGAGAGGUCAGCGAUGCCGGCACGGAGAUGACCAUGACGUGUACCAAGGGAGACAUCAUCUGUAAAAGGUUCUACCGAAAGGUGUAAGCAUCACCGGUCAGAAAGAACAAAGAUCGAUGUUCGAGAAGAAGAAGACAAAAAAACCUGCUGCACCCUGGAUGAGAAAAUUCGCAAAGAAAUUUAUAUAGCGUCAGGGUUUUCGUUAUCAGUUUCGCCAUUCGUAUAUAAUUCGUAAAAAGGGCUCUUCUUUCUAAAAAAUAAAAAAAAAAUAAUAAUAAAUAAAUAAAUGCACUUUAACUUCGCGACAUACUAAAACAAAAAGCUUUUUAAAAACACAAACACCAGGGAAUUGUGGUAGGGGAAGCUAUGACUCAUAAUAAAUCACAUUAUACGCUCGCGGAGGUUUUCAGCACUGCCGACUGAUGCCUACCCAAGGCCACUGCAUCGCCUGCAAUGACCUUCAACGCGCUCGGAUAUUGGAUUGUGUGGUCGGUCCACCAGCUAUCAACAUUUUACCGGUACCUCGGCAAGUGCAUUUCCUUCCACUUCGCUUAGCAAUUACAUAAUUACUGGAGAAUAAUAAACAGAAUUUUCUUCGGUGGCACCAUCGCUGUGAAAAAGAAAGUGAACGGCCACGAAGACAUUCGUAAGUUAUUCAUGGAUUUUUCUGUUUUGUUUUUCGAGUACCUGUUUCUAUAAAGCAGUGAAAAAAUAAAAACCAAAGAAAAUGAUCAACGAGAGAUUUAACUUACUCGCCCUUUUCCCGAAUGAAAUGUGUGGGACUAUUCUGUGGAAAUGUCAACUAGAAUGUAAGUUUUUAAUCGGCGAUUCAAUUAAAAAAUAUAUACAACAACAUUCACAAUGGGGGUUAUCAAGUCUCUGCCUGACCAAACUGAUGUCAACUUCACAUGCAUGAAUAACAUUCUGUGUUCAUUGAAACAAAUUACAAAAUUGCUUUUGAUAAUUGGCAUUUUCCAUUGACUAAAUUUUAAGGUUGAUACUGUUUAGUUUACAACACUGACAAAUCAAAAAAGGGAUUGGGUCAAAACUUGCUUUUUAAAAGUUUGCAUUGCCCGUAUUGUGACGACUUGAAUCCUUGUUUUAGCAGUGGACCACGAUCAGUAUUUCCCCCACACAUUCAAGGGGUAAACAUUCUCAAAUUACAAAUCUGCAAAUUGGAUUAUUAAACUGGCACAAACGGGAAUUUCUUUGUCAAUGUCAAAUCCAGGUACAAAAGUGCAGGCUUUAUAUAUACAGAGCUUGCAUUGCCGUUGGAUGCCGCGGAACUAUAUAUGCAAAGCAACAAUGCAUGGGAAUGGUAUUUUUUUCUUUUUUCUUUUUUAAGUAACAGGCCUGUGGCGAUGUUCCCUUUUAAAGCUUUAUUCCAAUGCCUCAAUCUUUUAAAAAGUAACGAUCAUUGAGUAAAAUAAAUGCAAAAUUGUAUAUUAUUUUAGAUUAUAGAAUGGUGGUGUUGUUCUUCAUGUGACACUCAAAAUUGAGUAUAAACAUUAUAGUGACACGUGUAUUAUGUGUGUAUAAAAAGCGAAUCUAUGUAAAGUUGUAAAGUAUUGAAAUAUUAAUUAGUCGACUUCAUCCUAACACGUAGUAAUUAUCUUAAUUAUAGGUUUGUGUAUUUUGUUUAUAAAACCAAACGAUUGCUCACCAAAAGGAGAUUUUUUUUGCUCAAAAAAAUGCACAAUAUGGCUUCUUUUAAACAGCUCAACCAAUAUUCAUUAAUCAAAUGUACCUGCUAAAAAAAAUAUUAAAUAAACUUCACACUGCAGAAACUGGGGUGUUAAAAUGUAUACCAUAGGUGUAGUUACAUACCGAAAAGAGAAUCACAACACCAUCAGGGUGUUAAAAUAACACUAUCACGCAAGCACAAUUCCAUUGGUGUUAAUUUGACGCCCUAUAUCAUGUCACUUUUGAUUCUCUCUUGGGUAUCUUUGUGUGGAUUUUAACAUCCAGGUUUUUGCAGUGUAUAAACGCAGAGUUAUUCCUGCAAAUAUUACAAAGCAAAAUGUGAGCGUUAUGAAUGUAUCUCAAUAAUUAAAGCCUUCAAUCGGUGUAGUUGUAAUACUAUAAUAUAUGCUAAUUUAUUCAAGUGAUAUUUCCAAUGUAUGUGAUGCAUUUUUGUACGAACCAAACACUGCAAAAAGUGGGGUGUUAAAUUUACACCAUUGUGCUGACAGAUGUAGAUACAAAAAAAACGAAUUCAAAAUCUACAUCAUAAGGUGAUCAAAUGACACCAAAAUAACACUUAUUUCUGCCAACCCAUUUACAUUGGUGUUAUUUUUACACCAGAUACUUUGUUUGUAUCUAUGUUACCACACCCUGGUGUCAAUUUAACACAAGUUUUUGCAGUAUAGAAUGGGGAAGGAACUUGAAAUUGAGAUUAACUCAAUAGAGAAGUAGGCCUACAGCGGGGGUAAAAUGAUAUCAUUGACUCACACACACUCUAAAAACUCUCGGGUCAAAUUUGACCCGGAUUCCGAGUUUGGGGAGGCUAACCCAUUUUGAGGUCAAACGCUGCCCCUGAAAGUGGUUUAAAAUCGGCUCCGACGGGUCAUGCUGACCCACAAAUGGGUCAGGUACCACGUGACCCUGAUCCGGAUCAAUUCUGACAUGUAAAAGUCGUGAUGUAAAGUAAGACACCAAGUGGAUAUCACCUGCUUUUAAUCUUCAAGAUAUCUCCAAAUAGUUACAAAAAAGUGUGUCUGUUCGAUUCUCCAUCCUUUUAUCAACAUUAUCUUUAUGCUCGAUACUAUUAUGCGGUAUUAAAUCUAAAUGGUAUGCAUCGAUGUAUUCUAUAACAGAGAUAAAAUGCUCAUUGUCGCCCACUUGCAUUAGGCGAAUUCUAUCAGCGCUAUAAACGACAUUUCAGACGGGGGGAUUAUUAAUAAUGCCAUGACAUAGUACUUUGGCAAGUCUAUUCUGUGAAAUGAACAGGAAUAUGCUGUCCACUCUAAAGACUCCCGCAUCAGAAUUGACCCGGGUUUAAGAGUCAGUUUGACCCGGAAUCUGUAUUCAAAAUUACUAAGAAAUGGGUCAAACUGACGCAAAAUUCAAGUUAAAUUAAAAAAAAUUUAAAUCAGUUUCCGGGUCAGCCUGACCUUAAAUACAGGUCAUGCCCACUAUGGCCCAGAAUGGGUGUAACCAACUGAAAUGACUGUUUCUUUCUUCAGAUUUAUCAUUUUGUUGUUCCCUGUGUUGUGACUUAAUUUAUUUCAAACCCAAAGAGGCUGAUGCUGGGAAUCGUUUGUAUUACUUUUUUUAUUACGAGUUAUGUGAUAGCGUAUAGCACGCUUUAGGUAAGAAAAGAAAUGUAUGGUGAAUAAAAGUGCAUUUUGCUCCAACCAUAAACAUGCA